AUGGACCACUCGAUGCACAUUGGCAUGGAUCAUGGUGAUAUGGGCCAUGGCGAUGUGGGUAUGGGUGGGAAAUGCAACAUGAAUAUGCUGUUCAACUGGUCCUCUGAGAAUUUGUGCAUUAUCUUCCGCAGCUGGCACAUCACCGGUCCCUUCUCCUUCCUCUUGUCCCUCAUCGCUAUCGUUAUCCUUACUGCGGGCUACGAGGGACUACGAGCAACGACUCGAAAAUAUGAGGCCGCCCAUGCACAGCGGCUUAGUGCGUUCCUAGGCACUACUGCCACUACUGGGGACGCUGAGAUCGCCGACCCUAUCAUUUCCAGCACCCUGGCGGAUGCAAUCCACAACACUCAUCACCAAAGCUCACCGCUGCUUGUAGGAAGCGAGAACAGAGCGGCAUUGGCGCGCAAGGGUAAGCUUACUAUGGCGGCUUUCUAUGCCCUCCAGGUGUCCUAUAGCUUCUUCAUAAUGUUGCUCUUCAUGACGUAUAACGGGCCGGUCAUGAUUGCGGUUGCAGUGGGCGCGUUCGUUGGAUACUUGGCCUUCUCCGAAGGAACAUCAGCCACAAAGAUAAUCGCCUGUCAUUAA